AUGGCUGAGUGUUCUUUUAAGUGUUAUUCUAGUAAGGAAUGCGGUGUGUCCAGACGAUACUCUGCACAAACAGCCAUUGCGCCAUUAAAAACGUGUACAAAAGACGUUUGUCCUCACCUGAGAGGUUGCUACAAAACAACGGCUAAAGGAGUAGAUUUUGAGUGGAAACUCUGCCUCUACCGAGCAGGACUCUUCCAGGAAGACGGAGAUUGUUUAACUAUUUGUCCCUUACACAGAGAUGAGUUCGGAUUAGGCUGGCGACCAAGCAAAGCAUGCAAAUAUCCUCUGCGUAACAGCAAACAAAAACCGACCAGAGGAAUUACUAAACGUUUAUCGGAAGAAAUAUAUCAGAAAUGGAAUGUGUUGUGUCAGAUCGGACAAGGUUAGCUCAUAUUUAGUUUAUUUGACAUUGUUUAAUUUAAAGACUAAGUUCGUAAAAAAUCUCACUUCCUUCUUCGGAUCUUUUAGGUAUUUGCAUGAAAUGUUUGGAUAUGCACUCGAAGUUUGGACCAUCUACGAGUUCGACAUGUCAGGUAAGUACACAUUACGUCAUGAUAAACCUUACGACAACUUGAUCGUGGUUUUACGUAUAUUUACAUAAACUAUGACGGCAGUAAAGUCAGUAGCAAAAAAUGGUUUAUUAGUUGGAUUAAAAAAGGUUUCUAUUAGAGAGCCUUGCAGGUGUAUCAGCUUUGGUCGCUCAGAAUGUAAGUCUCUUUCUUGUUCCACCACGCCCUUUUGCUUAACGGCGCGAGGGACAAUGAAAACUCGUUUAUGUAACUUUCCCGGUUGGCCCGGGAAAGAGGGUUACUCUUCCUGCCAAGUCAACUUAAGCGAGCGUUGUUAAGGGAAAAAAAAACAGAGAAACCAAAAAUAAGAAACAAGACACGAGCCAAAAAGAGCUUAUACAUCAGGGUGAUUGUCUCCUCUUGACGGAAUCGACCCCACUAGGCGCGUAACCCUUCCUGCUUAGUCAAAUUUUUGAUUCUCAUUUAAAGGGUUGGCCAAGUUUUGUAAGGAAACCUAGGAACAGUUGGCUCGCCCAUGGUAGCUCGGCGUUUAAAACUUCUACCCAAGGAACGUUUUCACCAUAUAAACAGGGAACGUAGGUAAAUUUAUAACAUAGGCAACAAUCAAUUUAAUUGAAUUGAAAUUCGGGAAACUAUAAGAAAAGAGUGCUCCUUGAACAAGAUAAAAUUUAGCUAUAAAAUAAACACUUAUAAAUCAAUGCAAAGGGCUUGGCGUAUAAAAAGUGUAAGGGGCAAAAACAGAAGAAAGGUGACACUUUUUCUUUUUCUCUAUACAAAACGAAAUUGGUCAAGAAUAUAAGAAAGCCAGAAAGUGAAGUGUUUGAGGAUGACAUCGCUGAGGAACUUGAAACCAGUUUGUCCAGACCAAGACGUGUGCAGGUGGGUAGUGUCAGGUGCAUGUACUAUACUCUGUUAUUUUAAUACAGAAAGCCCAAACAAGUGAUGGUGAUCAAGUGAUGCGCUCCCCGCAUGUGGAAUUGACUUGUUCAUGAAAAAUCUAAACCGAAAUUCAUCGUUAGUGUUGCGGACACCUGCGCGUCACCACAAAGGGCUAUUUUUUUUUUCUUUUUUAAGGUUCAACCAGGAGAAUACUAUAGACUUGAGAGUCACCUUGAUGAUAUCAUGACUCCAAUUCCUGCAUUGAUGCGAUCGCUAUGUCUAGAUAAAGAAGAGGAAGAAGAAUACCUUCCAACACCUACACCAAAUCGCGGGCUGGAAGUUCUAAAUCAGCAUAUUGAAAGAUUAAGCGGUGGAAGAAUUAGUCCGGUGCGCUUUCAACUCACGCAGCCAAUUCAAGAUGUCGCCAGAAGCACGCGCUCCUACAUAAGACGCAAGUCCAAAGAAGUAGUAGGAACAACACUAGAAUGUAUUGCACCAGGGCAGUCUAAUGAACCUCUUGCAUUGGUCGCAAAUCCAACGCUAAUAGAACCUGAACCAGUAAACAACAUUAUGCUGACCCUGCUUUCACUUUACGAAGGCGCGACAUCUUGGUAUACAAAAAUGACAAUCUUGUCUAUUUUUGCGCAGCACUACACUAAAACGCAACUGAAAGACCUGGUUCCAGGCCUCACAACUUGGCGAAUUGAUCAAGCAAGAAAGCAUGCUGUGGUUGUUGGUGCAGGCCAUUCUGAAGUUAGAGAACCCGUGAUGCGUUAUCGUCUUGAAGGAGAGAAAGUCGACCACUUCCUAGAUUUUAUAAGUAGCCCUCACUACCUUCAGGAUGUAGCCUAUGGUACAAGGAACAUAAAACUGUCAUCUGGAGAAUGUUUGGAGAUACCUGACUUAGUGCGCACUGUUAUUAGUUCCAGAAUGGUCAAACUAUAUCAGUUGUAUUGCAGUGAAGUUGGCUUUCAACCUCUUGGUAGAUCGACCCUAUUUUCUAUCCUUAAGGUAAAGAAAAAAAUAACUAGAGUAGUCUGAACUAUUAACUGUGAUUUUGGUCAGAAUUAACAAGAGUGUAAAAUAGCGGCUGCAAGUACUCUAGACUCUUUGGUUGUGAGAAGCAGGAUAAAAAGCCACGUUAUGUAGUGAUGUGUUACCAAAUUUUUUCUUUCACAGAUAUGUGCAGCUUCCCAGAAAAAGUCCCUUGCCGGCCUUGAUAACGUCACAAGCGAAGGUGCAUCAGCAUUUGAUACAUUGGAAAAGGUUGUAGAAACUAUGACAUCUCUAGGUACGCUUCAGGUGAUUCAUUAGUAAUAGAACCUAACAUGGAUUGUACAUUAAACUUGGUACACUGAUUGAACAAGUCAAGAAGAUGGUAAAAAAGUAAUAAAAAGUGGGGGUCACCGUGCUCGUUUUGACGUGAAAAUGAUGACAAAUACGGCUAUUUGGGAGCAUUUACAAAAACCGCGGGCAGCCAAAACUAGACAAAAAGGAGAGAUUUUUUCGAUGAUGCUUGUGGUAUCGCACAGAAUUUGACUUUAAUGUACGGUUUAUCCACUUACGUACCAGAAAAAUGCCUUUUAAUGCCCUUGUUUUUACUUUACGCUCUAAAGUGGAAUUAAAUUAGACACGCGCUAUUCGACCCUUGGUAGCUCAAUCAGUACAAUUUAGUAAAAUUGCCAAAAAACUGAACAUAGAUUUGUGCCAAUUUUUUUUCUCAUCGAAAGGAAGCGCUGGCCUUAUUAAAAUCAUGAAAUAAAAAAUGGGGGUCACUGUACUCGUUUUUGCCGUAGAGUUGCAGAACGUGCGUACCAAAUGCAUUUUCUUCGAUUUUUGAGAGAGGACUGGGGCGAGUUUCAAAUAGAAUGCAUGGUAAAGGGGGAAGAAAGUAUUAAGAAAUCCGUUUUUACAGAAUUUACAUCGAGAUAUCACAUUUAGGACACAAUGUGAUGAAGAAAGCGUUUAAAUGAAAAUCAAAGUGAGUAAGCACAAGUUAAACAUCCACUAUCGAGGUUCUCCGUGAGGAAGUCGAACUCAGUAACACGCGUACUGCUUACGUUAUGCACAUUCCCAACAAAUUGAGUCUUUCCUGGACAAGAAACAACAGCAAGCAAAAAUUGCAAUAGCGUUUCUCUUCAGUCAACUUCAUUUUAAUAAUGUUACUUCACAUGCUCUUUUUUACGGAGGCCAUCUUGUUAUGCGCAGUAAGAGAUGCGCAAUGCAAAACUAGAGAAUCACCUUAACCUACAACCUGUAUGUUUGUAACCAACCCCACCGUCUAUUCUUCUUUUAUGCCCUAUUUAAUUUUUGAUCGCUUGUAGAUGACUUGGCUAGGUGAGAUUUAGAGUAUAAGCCGAUUUAUUUGUACUUGCUGUAGGUUCAUCUCUCCAGUGGGCUGAUAACGUUAGACAAAGGGUACGAGCAGCUAAACGAUACUUAAAAGCUGAUUACAAACUUCAUGUGUUGGAGGAAAGUCCUUGUGCUGAUCACUGUAUACGAUUCGCCCUAUCAUCCGAUGAUGUCCAGUACAAAACGGCCUCUGGCCAUGAACACACUAUGCAGUGUGAUCGAUGUUUAGACUGUGCAAACGUCGCUCACGACAUCAUUGCUGGACUAGACAGUGGUGAUAUUUCGUUUAGGUAAAAAAAUUCAGUUGCAUACUAUUAGACAUAUGCCAAAUAUUUAUGACUUUAAGGAAAAUGCGACCCGCGCUUUUUGUUGCAAACAUUAAGGUUGGUACCCUUGUCCCUAGCGUCUGUUACACGGGAAAAAAGAAACAACGACAUCAAGAACAAACAAACAAAAAAGUAGAAGUUUGUCGCUUACGACAAGUGCCUUAACCUUUGUCUAAGGCUUUCUUCAUUGUACGAUUAUAUUGUUAACAGCCAAUGCACAAGACAAGUGAAAAAGCGCGAACAAUUAGUAUUCAUUCCCUUUCCAUUCUUCACUGUACUCAUCUCGCUUGGUGAAAUCUCCAAAAGAGCAUUUUCUGUAAUGUUGUCAUUAUUUCAAAAUCAAUUUUUUUUUCAGUUACCAGGAACAGAAAGAAGAGCUCAAAUAUGACAUCGAGAAAGCCACUGAAAGAGUUGUGGACUGGAAAUCGCACAUAGUGAGAGCUACCAACCAAGAAAAAGCCAAAAUUAACAUUCUUGAUAAUCUUAUUGAGCGGCAGGUGCUAGUGGUGAUGGAUUGGGCCAUGAAAUGGCUCCUAAGAAGCUACAGAGAAACCCAGGCAGAAUGGUUUGCAUAACAAGACCUGAUAACGAGGAAGCGGAGUUUGACGUAAACAAAUUUGCUUUCUGAUUCUUAUUAUCUUUAGACUUCAAAGCAUGUCACUUGAAUUGAUUUGUCAGAAAAAAAUCAGUUUGAUUCCUUACGAACAAGCCAUAAACGCACGUGUAAUGCAUUUUUUUUUCGUGCUAGCUGCUCUGUAGAGGCAUAGUUUUUGCGGAAGAUGAAGUGAAAGAUAUAUAUUUUUUGCCCCUGUCCGUUGGAGUGCAUGUAAAACAAACAGACAUGUGCUCCGUGUGUGGACGGAAACGCAGAUCUAGUGAAGUGUUGUACGUGAGACAACGGGAAUCAAUGGCAGAUCUAGGGGGAGGCUGGGUCCCUGGGUCCCUGGGGAACUCGGGCAACCACCCUCUUCUUAGGUCAAACUGAGGCCGCAAGGCCGACAUGAUAUAUAUGUUCUGGAUAAGCAGAGACUCUCUGCUAAGUUGAAGGUGUGAAUCCGCUAGUGAAAAUACAGGUCCACUCAGGUUUAAGUUUGCACCGUGGGCGCAUGUUUGCCCCACCCAGGCUUAUAAAUAUACCGCUGGUUACAUGUAACUUUUCAUGGACUAGCACCCCGUUUAGAGGAGAGAGAGAGAGAGAGAGAGAGAGAGAGAGAGAGAGAGAGAGAGAGAGAGAGAGAGAGAGAGAGAGAGAGAGAGAGAGAGAGAGAGAGAGAGAGAGAGAGAGCCAGAGGAUUGGGCACUUUUGUAACGUAAAAAGGGAACUUUUGUAACACACCUCGGGCACUUUAGUAACGAAGAAGGGAACUUUUGUAACGGUAGGGAACUAUUGUAACUCUGAUAGGGCACUUUCGUAACAGGCAGUAGGGCACUUUCGUAACAAAUCGGGCACUUUCGUAACAGAUCAGGCACUUUUGUAACAAAAUGAGGAACUUUGGUAACACCCAUUUCUAUUCAUUCAAAUCAUCUUUUUUUCGUCAUUCCCUCACUAUGUGCCAAGAAUAAAGUAAAUAUUAUCAUCACCUGGAUAUACAGUAAGAAUGUAUUAUGAUUUUUGCAAACUGAAAAUGAAAACAUGCCGUUGCAUGGGUUCACUUUGAAAUCAAAAUUGCCAAAUGGCUAAUAAAAAAGAAUUAGACGUGUGACUGUGUGUCUGUUUUUUUUUUCUUUUGCUGAGUUUAGCUUAGCGACUGCUUUCUUUACAUAAACAAUGACUUGACUCAGAGCGCCCGAAGCUUAAAUGCUAAUAUUGCGCUCUCGGUUCGUGCACUUUAAAAAAAUGGGCAUAAUGAUAGAUACUGAUUUAUCGUGAUGUGAUUGAUUUAUUUUACCUGUGUAAAAUGAAGUUCAAGCUAGUAAUCACAAGUAGAAUAUGUUACAUGUAACAGGAAGGGGCAAUAUGAGGCGCGCCGAACAUAGCCGUACAUGGCCGUUCAUGGCCGUACGUAGCCGCGUUCAUAGCCGUGCAUAUCCAUACAUAGACGUACAUAACCGUGCAUAGUCGUGCAUGGCCGUGCAUAGCUGUGCAUUGUUGUAUAUAGUCGUGCAUAGCCCUAUAUAGCCUUUGCGUGGCCGUACAUAGCCGUACAUGGCCGUGCAUGACCGUACAUGGCUGACGUAGUCGUGCAUGGCCGUACAUAGCCGUGCAUAGCCGUUCAUGGCCGUACAUAUCCGAACAUCUUGAUGUUUUUAUAAUCUAAAAAAGCUGGUUUUCUAUCUAGAGCGAUACGAAACACCUUUUCUUAGCCUAUUUCGCCUUAAAAGAAAGACGAAGAAAUUUCAAAACUUUGACCAAAACGAUGGACUAACCCCUUUGGAAAACCGUCAAUUUUUCGACUUUUUUAAAUGGAUGUUUCUAUAGUCUAAAAAGACUGGUUUUCUAUCUAGAACAAUACGAAACACUUUUUCUUAGCCUAUUUGGCCUAAAAAGAAAAGAAGAAGAAAUUCAUAAUUUUUACCAAAACCAUGGACUAAUCUCUUUGGGAAAAUGUCAAUUUUUCGACUUUUUUCAAUUGAUGUUUUUAUAGUCUAAAAAGGCUGGUUUUCUAUAUAGCCUUAUGUAGCCUUACAUUGAUACAUUCUUCUGGCAAUAUGUUUGAGUCGCUUUUGAAAUGUCCGCCGGUUCGCCGUCCUACGAAUGUUAAUAGCCUUUCUUACGACAUGCAAGUUAAAUAAAAGUUGUCAUUUUAAAAUUAAGUUCAAGCUAGUACGAGUAGAAUAUCGUACAUGGAACUGUAUGGGGCGCGCCGCCGGCCAGUUCAAAAAAGAAGUUACUUUAAAAACUAGGAUCAGGGGUACAAUAUGUUACAUGGAACUGUAUGGGGCGCAACGCCGGCCCGUUCGAAAAAAAAAGUUAGCUCUAACUGCUCCCUUCUUACUCCAGAGCAGUCGGUUUUUUACCUUACUUUCACUAACAAUGAGAAAAUUCCGGCAUCCUUCUUCUUUCCGCCCACCAAACCUGGGUAUACAGUAAAUAUAUCGCCAUUUUUGCGGAAUUUGAAACAUGGGUUGGGUUCACUUGGAAAACGAAAUUCCCAAAUGGCUGAUAAUUAUUUACUGACCUUAGUGUGGCGACUACUGUCUUUAUAUAAUAAACAAUGACUUGACUUAGAGCACGCGAAGCUUGAAAAGCUUAUAUUGUGAUGUCGUUCUGUACACUUGAAAAUAGGCUGAUGAUAGAUUUGGGCGAAUUCAUCGUAAUGUCAUUGUUUAAUUUCACCUGUGUAACAACAAAGGCUAAUAAAAGUUCAAGGCUUCACAUGAGCAUUUCCCAUUAAUAGGAUCAGACUAGAUUAAGUGUAACAAUAACAACGACUAAUAUAAGUCUACAAAAAACCCAAAUUCAAGACUUCUCCUAAAUUAACAUUCUCCUUUACACUCUUUUUUAUCCUAUAAGAAUAUGUUUUAUGAGAGUAUCAAGGCAAAAUUGCGAAAUUUUAAGAAUAAACCCCAGGCUGAGAAUUUGAAAAGGACUAAAUUUGAUGUUGAAAAAUCUGUAAAUACCUGUACAGUACAGUCAUAUGUCUUUAACUUAACCGUAUAAAAUUAUCAAUUUUAAACAGAUCUAAACAAAGAACACUGGUAAUUGAAACCUCAAUACAUUCUAAAAUGGGAAUACCAUAAGCUAUAAUUUAAGAAUAGUUCAAGAAUAUUUUCAACCUUAAAUAGACAGUAAAAUAAAAACAUUCAGCCCGUGCCGGGAAAACAACAUUCUUAUAUAAAAAAGAGUGUAUUUGGAUCAAAUUAACUGUAACAACAACAAAGACUAAUAAAAGUUUAAAAAUAACUCAAGUUCAAGAGUUCAAAAGAGUUUAAAAAACGUUUACAACGAGACCUUUCCUAUAUAAAAAACGCUCGUUAGUAAACAUUAGCCGGUACACAUAUGGUCAUUCAUUUGUAACAUCGCCCGCCCCUUACGGUUUUUUUUUGUUUUUGUAAAGCAUAAAAAGAACAACAACCAAAAAAUACUUCAACGGACAAAUGCGAUAGUCGUACGCGUACGCUGGAUCCACGCAUGAUUUCAACACUUAAAACUAGAACAAUAACCAGAGUAACAGUAAACCCUGUGUGCUAUCACCAUUGUUUCUAACAGGUUAUUCGUGUUUUUUAAUAAAUUGAAGAGCCGGUUCUUUGUAAAUCAAUAAAAAGGUGCACUUGAAAGCGGGCCGAAGAUAAACCACGAUAAGACCCCUCUAAAUGGUUUCCACGCUGUCCCGAACGUUAGCCGUACAAUAUUUAAAAUGUUCCUAUUCAAAGCCAACGGAUUUGAGUAGGUUGGUAAUAUUGUCGAAAUCAAAAUUAAACUUGUUUAUGUGACUAAACACCCUAAGAAAGACCGUUAGUUUGUUCUGUAUGUGUGUACGCUACUCCCAAAAACCCAGAUCGGGCUCUUUUGUAACAAAAUGAGGAACUUUGGUAACAUUUAUUCCUACUCAUUAAAAUCGCUGUUUUAACAGGAAUAAAGUAAAUACACCUGCACCGUCAAAAUGCAAGCUCAAAUAAGCUCAUUUCCCCCUCACCAGCCCUGGGUAUACAGAAAUUAUAUCUACACUGGUUUUCGCAGAUUAAAGCAUGGGUUAGGAGAGAUGUUCAUUUGAUGUGUUCAUUUCCACUGAAUUAUUGACAAUCAUACUGUCAAUUAACUUUAGACGUUUUUUGAAUUUUUGUAAAGACGUCUUUCAUAUUUUACUCGAUUAAGUACAGUGUCUAAGGAGACUUUCUUUAAGAUACUUCUACCCCAACUUUCCUUUUGAAGAAGCUCCUUAAUUCUGGUUUUACAUAUUGGGGCAUUUUUCUCAAUCAUGUCACGAAAAACUUCCUGUAUCUUUUCCUUGUCAGAAGAGGAAAACAUAUUCUUUACGCUGCUUGUUACUGUUGGUGGAAUUAUGUCACUGUUUGCGUCCUCUUCCAGUGAUCUCUGGACACGUUGUUGUAACGUUUCCUGCUUCGAAGGGGGACUCACAAUUUCAGUAGAAGAUUGUUUUGCAUACCUCCACUGUGAGCGCACUUUGUCAAGUACCCUUUUAGGAUCUUUGUCCUUGAGUUCAGCAUGAUUAGAUAUCUUUGACCUCACAGCCUCCAUGGUGACCUCCUUUUGGUUAAUCUCCUCUUGAAAGACAGUCCGCAAGACAGCUUCCCUUUCAGCCGUCCAGGUUACUUUUGACGUCGUGGACUGACACUCCUCCUCGGCGGAGAUCUUUGAGCAUGAUUCAAUAUCUUGGCUUUCUUUCUCAGGAUCAUGGCUUAUUUUUUGUUGCGGUUGUUCGCGCAUGACAGUACACAGCUUCCUGGAGGCUUUGCUGGAUGACUUUGCCUUCUCCUGUAGUCUGUAGUACUUGUGUGCAGUUGCGACGCCAUGAGCCAUCAGAUUGGCGAGAUCAUUAUGCUCUUCGCUGCUGCUGGCUACAUUGUGUACUUUUGACACUGCUGACUUUCGCAAUAUUGUUGAACUGGGAUCGCCAUCAAUUUUUGCUUUUUCCAUACGGACUUCAUCGACUUGCUUAUUUGGCUUGAAGCUAGAGAUUGUGCAUUCCAUGACAGGAACACGCGACUGUAAUCAUCAUUUGUAACACCAGUAACUUGGGAACGAACCUCUCUUACAAAUAUGGUCAUCCAGCUGUCUAAUUUGGCGCCUAAAACAAUUCUUGCCGCACCAUGGCUUUCAAGGGUCUUGUGAUCCUUAAUUAGAAGUACAUUGUCUUCACCUUCUUUUCUCCUUUUUUUAAACUCCCCCAUCGUCAUGUUUGCGAGGGCUCCCGAUCUGAUGGCAUUGUCUACAGAAAUUUCGACAAUUAAGAAGUCUCUUACCAAUGUGUAUUGAGCCUGCGUUAAGGUAAUGCAGUGGGCACCUGACAGCUGCUCUAGAAGACAGAUAGCUUCACGGGAAGCUUCGCUUCUUUCAAAUUCAUUGAUCUGUUCUGGCAAUAUGAGUGAGUGCAAGUCUUCCUCCAUUUUUUCCUAGUGUCUCUUUGCGCUAGAGUGGCGCACAUGUAUGCGUACAUGUAAAGCUUAUAAAGUCUUUAAUACAAUAAUAUGCUCACUGGCGUUGAUGCCAUUUUGUGAUGUGCAGAUAUCUUCUUUACAUUUCAUGGGAGUGACAAACAAAUUAAACCAAACUUACCUUAAAAAAUCGUCACUGGACGUACUUUAAAUUUAUUACGGAACUAAUCAGACUGUAAGAUCGGCGAUGCAAAAAGUACGUGUUGAUCGACGAAGCUGUGCGAAUUGGUAGACACCGCUGUCUGACUGUGAGCACACUGCAUAGCCUACAUUGCUGUAUGUAUCCCAUGAUCCAUUUUAACACUAGGCAAAUCAGUUCUACACAGUUCAGUUUGAGGAGUGAAUAACUUUAAUUCAUAAUCAAGGCGGCGGAGAUUUAUUUUCGCUACCGUCUAUUUGAUUUUCCACUCGCAGUGCUUUCUACUCUGAUCCCCCAAAAAAGUUAUGUGAUAGUGAUGAUGAUGAUGAUGUGAUGUUCCGCGCAUUUGGUUGUUAUUUUUAUACUUUACAACAGCAAAAAUCCAAGGGGCGUGCGAUGUUGCAUAUGCAUCUACCAUAUUUGUACUCGUAAUCUUUACCAACGGGUGUUCUCGUUGUAAAGUUUUAUUAGCCUUUGUUGUUGUUACACAGCUGAAAUUAAACAUUGCAAUGAAUUCGAAUCUACCAUUUUGCCUAUUUUAGUGUCAGCAGCCGCGUACCAAUGUGGAGAGAAGAAAAUAAGUGUUGUCCUCUCUAGAAAUUUUAGUUGAUCAUUGAAAUGGUACUUGUUUUUACCAAACGAAAACCUAUAAGAAAUUGACUCACCCUUACCUGACGUACAGAGUACUCAUAAACCCUCAUGCUCAAUUUUCUUCACUGUGCGUGAUCCGUUACUGCCGUCGCUUUUUGUUGGAAAAGGCAAAUAUGAGUGGUAAAAUUUAGCUCUGCGAUCGACUAAGCCGUGUCGCAUACUCAAUAAUAUUUCAUCAUAAGUAAGAAGUCUAAAGGCUUAUUCACUGCAAGUAUCUUUUAGUCAUAUCUUCCAUUAAGAAUUGGUUAGCAUUUUGGAACCAACCCCCUUCUUGUCUAAAGCGAAGCCGAUCUGGAAAUUCGUCUGUUCUCACCUACAUUAAAUUUCAUUUUGAAAAUUUCUCUACAAAGCAGAGUUAAGAAAAACAAAGAGAUUUUUGGCAAGUGCGACCAUCUGCGAGAUGAACGGAAUAGGCCUUGAUGAGCGUUGUCAACGACGAUGAAGACUUACGGGAAUGCUGUGUACUACUUUGUCUUGCUUAUCGCUGUGCCCUCAAUGCCGUGUCCUGCGUUGAAAUAAAAGAACUCGUUGUCCACCGUUGUCCCGUUUGAUAGAUUCAUGCGGCUUAAAGUAGAAGCUCAAAUGGUUCUGGAGCCUAGCCUUAAUGAUCCUUAACCUGUAGUCUAUUUGACUACGCAAUAAAGGCGGGGCCUUUAGAGAAGCGCUGAAAUUGAAUAACUUUCCAUUAUGCAUGUUUGACACCAGUGACCACACAUGAUUUUUUUCUUGAUUAAAAUUAUUUCCAUCAUGCUUAACAACUUCAUAAUUCAUCGAUGGAAAGGAAUCACGCAUUUACUUGUAACUGCGCAAACAAUAUACCCGUAUACCCAAUAGCGCAAAAUGCGUAAAAGGGGUUAGAACACCUUUCCGCUGGCCCAGGGCCUUACUUUUUAAAGGAAGGACCUGUAUUUUCGCCCACUUACUUCUACUUUAGUGGUGUUUAGAUUGAUUGCUUUUUUGAUUUUUAUCUCUUACAAAUUACGGUAAAAUUGCUUGCUGGAACUUCUAGCAAAAAGGGAACUUUCGUAACGGGGCCACUUUCGAGAUAUCAGUAACUUUAAAAAAUCACCAAAAAAUAAGGAAACGACCAUUUCACUUUGUGUUUCGCUUAUUAGAUUAACAAUAGACUUAACUAAACUUCCACCACAAUUUUGCGGAUGCUGAUUGGUUCAAAAGGUCACACUGACGUUUUGAAACUUUCCAUUUCAAAAAUGGGCUUUUUCCGAAUCGUGAUUCCUUUCAUGGACAUGAAAAGUCAAACAUGUUCACGGCGUUUUUUUCCCGGCCUCGAUAUCUCCAGUUUAAAGUGUUGUGGCCAGCGAGGGAAUCGUAUGGAGUAUAAAUGGUAAAGUAAUAGCUACAAUUAAAUGCAAAAAAGGUGUGAAAAGCAUUUUAAAAAGCACCUACCACGAUGUAGGGCCCUUUUGUAACCUUUUUGUGACAUCUUUGCAGCUUUUUCUCUUCUGUUUUAACGCUCGAAUUUGUCUUUUUACAUGCGUAUGUUACUUUAAGUGAACUGUGUAUAGUUUAAGUUUCACGAGUUACCACUUUAAAUUGACAAUGCUAUUAUCAAAAGGGAAAGAAGUAACAAAAGUGCCCUACUUUUCCUCUAGAGAGAGAGAGAGAGAGAGAGAGAGAGAGAGAGAGAGAAUUUAUGUCAUUUCACUCGGAAAUAUGACAACAUCGGGGUUCCUGGGUCUUCUUGUUUUUUUUUGUUUUUUUUUUUUUUUCUGAGUUGUCGUUACUCUAGGUGAGCAGGGAGAGCAAUGUAGGCGUUUGUAAUCGAUAGGCUACAGUUAGCGUUACAUUAAAAAUUUUUAAUGGUCAUUUUGUUACAAUCUUUUUGUAUUUUUUUCUUUCCAAAGGUUCGGACUUUCGUUCACAUUCUUGAUAAAGGCAACCAAGAUUGGUUUGCAGUCUUAUCGAUUCUGGAAGACCUUGUUCAGCAGCUUAAGCGGUUGUCCCCACUUCUGAAAGAACCAUUUUUACGAAGUGACAACGCUGGCUGCUACCACAACGCUGCGUUACUUAUCAGUGCGCCAACCAUUACAAGAACAGGGGGGUUGGCGCUUAAGAAUUACAGCUUCAGUGAGGCGAACAGCGGGAAAGAUGUCUGCGACAGAAAGAUAGCACCCCUCAAAGAACACAUCGGAAGAUAUCUUAAUGAAGGUGACAAAUAGUUUCAGGGCUAUUAAAAAUUAAUAAGAGGCUGUAAAAAUAGUAAAGUUAUUUGCAUUUCCGAAGACCACAAAAAGUCCGACGAGUAACAAAAAACGUUCUGAGUUUUAAUUGGCCCGCCAACGGUUCACAGCACCCUUCUUUUGACAGUUUUUACGGAUAAUUCUGUCUUGUUUUAGGUCACGAUGUUAUAACAGCGCGUCAAUUAAAGGAAGCUAUUGACUCCUAUGGGGGAAUAAAGGGCUGUCGAGCAUCAGUGAUUGAAUUAGACACAAGAAAGCAAACAACUAACGCGCCCAAGUUAAGUGGUAUUAGCCAGUUAAACAACUUCGAAUAUACUGAAGAUGGUGGAAUGACUGUCUCGAAGGCGUUUAAAGUUGGGGAAGGUAGGAAAAUUUCCAAACAAGAGCUUGCUAAGGUGGGCCAGCCACAGAGUGAGACAGGAGUGAAAGUAAUAUUGCCUUUUUGUGAUCCAGUUAACGCUACCGGGUUGUUAAAGAAAGCUUCGACGCGGCUGCCUGGUGACCAAACCAAACAGACCGUCGUUUCUCCUACAAAUAACGAGGCCUUCCUUGGUUCACUUGCCCCGAACAGGGCUGUAUCAAGACGUUCAGAACAAAUCAAACCCUUCAGAGACACUUGGACUUUGGCCGCCAUGAGAUUAAACUCCACGAAGAGUCACAAUAUGACCAGAUCAGACACAAAUGGGCUGAGCAUUGCUUAAGUUUGAAACCACAAAAUCCCUCCUGUGCCUUAACGGCCAGUUUGUCCUUUGGAGUAACGGAAGAAAAUGUUUUGUCUAUGGGGUGGGCGCAGACUAAAUCAAAGCGAAGAAGCAGAUUUUCUGUUAAAGUUAAGAACUAUCUGCUCGAGCAGUUCAUGAUUGGUGAAGAAACUGGUCGGAAAGUCACCCCUGCCGAAGCUUCAGCACGAAUGCGCACAGUACGUACCGAGGAGGGAGCUCGGAUAUUUGGCAAAGACGAGUGGCUCACUCCCCAACAAGUUAAUAGCUAUUUUUCGAGGUUGGCUGCAAUGAAAAAAAUCGAUCAGCAACCAGCAGCAUUGGUUAGUCUCGAAGAAGAAGAUGCUGAGGCAAUAGUCGAGCGUUCAGAAAGAUACCACCUGCGCAGAAGGGUUCUCAACCAGCUAACGCGCUAA